UGUCAGCAUCUGACAAUUUAUUAAAAUCAUAUAUCGCGCUCAACGCGCCAUCUUGAAAUUCAAAGAAAGGCGUACAAUGUUGUGAGUCUUAUUCCUAAUAUAUCAAUGGCUUUAAUCUUUCCAUUACCGGACGAUGAAUGUAGAAUGGGGACUGGGGAAUGGGAAUGGGAAAGUCUUCCCACUUUCUACUAGAUUUGGUUACUUCAGUUCAGUAUGCUACCGACUGAUGUUGUAGUAAGAUGUGUUGCUAAGUGAUCAAAUGACAGUUGAGUUUUCAUGAAGUUUUGUGACCUUUAAAUCGACAUAGGAAUUAUGUCGACUCAAAAUGGGUAAUUUAUCAACUGUAGUGAAGUUUAGUGCAGUACUUUUCUCAUGCUUUGUGGAUUUUACUUGGGCAGAAGGCGAAUUUAGAGCCACACAAUGCAUCGAAGGACUAGGAGGAUGUAAGAGAUGCAGAGAUAAGAUAUGUGCCAGAUGCGCUGUUCUUCUACAUCAGGGAAAUUGUGUUGAUACUUGCCCACCAGGUCACAUUGCAGAAUGGUCAACUAGAGAUGAAUACAUGGGAAGAAUUUGUAAAGAAACUGGAUAUAUGUUUGGAUUCACUGGUAGUCAGGUAGCCAUCUUGGUAGGAGUUGUUUCUGGAGCAACUAUUUGUAUCCUUAUUAUAUUAUGUGGAGCUAUAAUUGUGCAUCGUAAAAAAAGGAAAACUGCUAAAUUUAUACAACAGUUUGAGGAUAGUGCAGAGAGAAGAGAAUUUUUGAAACAUCUAACGUUGCUUAGAGGAGAAGGCAAUACAUUUCUUUCAAUGCUCAAUGACACUAGAAGACAAGUUAGGGAAUUAUAUUAUUCUGGAAAUAAUGGAGAUGGUGCUGUUGGAAUUCAAGCUUAUAGACCAGUCUUACGUGACUUGGCAAGGAUACUAGUCCUUGUUAAUAGAAGAGAUGAAGAAAUACCCAUUCCCCCAGAUGACUGGCAAAGAUUAUUCUCCUGGGCAGAAAGACUUUUAAGGCGCUAUAAAAGACAUAGUUCACCAGAGGUGGCUCAACUUGUGACUUUCUUGCAACAACCAGCAGCAUCUGUACAAACGAACAUGCCACAGCAAGUAACAAUCUCAAAGACACAUCGCCCAUACGAGCUAAGAACUGCUCCGACUAAUCUGACUACAUUCCAAGCAAAUAUACCACUUGCAACAUUUCAAGCAAGUGACAAAUCAAGUAUAAGUCCUGCAAGUUCCAGUCUUGGAUAUGUUAAGGACAGUCCUUUAAGUUCCAGUCUUGGACAGAACAGUUCUGGUGCAUAUCAUGAAAAACUUAGUCCAAAUGGAUCUAGCAUAGGACAGACAACCCCACUAGUAUAUGACAACCAAAAGCAAAUAAAGUCUUCAAACACACAUUUUCAAGAACUUGCCAUUUCAACUUUUAACCAUACUUUCUCUAAUGAUGCAACAUUAACUGAAUCCACUUGUGGAAUAGGUCGGUGUGAAACAAAUGGACUUGAUCACGAAUUAAAUCCACAGUGGGAAUUUCAAAGUUCUACAGAGGCUGCUAACUACACCAUUCUAUCUGAUUGGUCACCUACUCGUGAAUAUUUAAUUGAUGAUUUCACUAUUCUUGGUUUUCGACCUCAAGAUGAAAUUACUACGGAAUUGUAACUAACAUGUUAUUAAGUUAACUAUUGUAAAAAAUGUGUACAUGAUUAGAAAAAUAAUUUAUGCAGUCAAGAUUA